GCGGCGGAGCGGCGGCGGCGGCGCCAGGCCCGGGGGAAGGGAUGGGGAGCGCAGGUCGGAGCAGCUCCGCUCCGGGCUCGGCAUCCGCUCCCCCGCCGCCGCGGAUCGCGCGCAACCCCCGCAUCCCUCUUACCCGAGUGCGGCACGGCCGGCGUGGCCCGCGCUGCCGCGGCCGAGGCUGCAGGGCGCGGGGAGACGCCGAGACGGGGGGAACGGGCGCCGGGCUGCGGGGACGGAAGCGGGAACCCGCCGUCGCGUAGCGGAGCCGCCGGCGGAAUGAGACACGGCGCGCGACACGCUGACAGGGCGCGCGCGCGCGGAGGGCGGGGCGCGCUCGCGCGAGCAGCUGACGACGAGGAGCGCGCGGGGCGUGCGACGGGAACAACCGACGGCGAUCGCGCGCGCGCGCCCCCGCGCGCCCUACUCGGAAGAGCUCCGUCGCGGGAGCGCGCCUGCCGUUGGGAGGCGACCUAUGAGAGGCGAGGCGGCCUCCCGAUGCUGCCCCAGCGCUCUCGUCACGCAGCGCUGAGCGCAUGCGCCUCUCGGGGGCAUCCCUCCCCGAAACGCCCGCUCCGCGCGCCCCCCGGCCGGGACAGAGCCGACAGCCGACAGCCCGAUCCGCCCCACGACCCGCCGCAUCCUCCGCUCCUACCGGGUCGGCAGCCCACCGAGCCCGGCGGCCCCGGGCCUGCGACGCGCAGAUGGCGGCCCGCGGGGACUCUCCAUCUUGCGCGGGGAAGGGCAACGACGGCGGUGUCUGGGGGACAGAGAGUUGGGAAAUUGUGCGCCCCCGGCAACCUUCUGGAGAGAGCCGGAAAGGCAGAGAUAACAAAAAUAACGUUUUCCUUUGGGUUCCAAUUCCUGCCAGCUCCAGAGAUCAAUUUAGAAAUUGAAACGGCUCAGCCAACGACUUGGAUCCCAAAACCCACGGGGACAAGUGAAUGGCUUACACUGGUAGAAGAAUAAAGGUUGUCACAGAGGUUUCCCAUUUGUGCGGCACUUCCAUCAGUGAACGAGCGCUAACGUGGAUAAGGAAAAACUAAGAAAAAAUGAACUGUCAUUAACAACCUUAAAGUUGCUCUCCUAGGAACCCUUUGCACGUGGGGAUAAAACAUGCAACAAUUCAGAUACAUUUUGAAAAAGAAAACAUGCAGAGCAAGGCCAAAAGUGUGUGCAGCGCCAGCAAGGGAAGGAAGUUGCACCGAGACGAUCCAGAAAGUAACGCACAGCUUUCCAAUGGAUACAUUCAACUGCACAUUGCCUUUGCUUGGAGGAUCUCACCCACAGCAAGGCUCAGGAAGGCAUCUGAGAACCGAAGUUCUCUCUGAUUGGUCUUCCCUGUGUGCUGAGAAAAUAGAGAUGUGCAGACAUACAUAAGUCCAGCCAGUAACGCACAGAUGACAUGGGCACAUUUGCCACAAACACUUCUGAGACAGAACAUCCACAAACUGGCAGAAAAUCAGGCUCAAAUAAAUGGGCUGUUUCAUCACUAUGCUGGUAGCGGUUUCA